CCGCCCCUUCCGCCCAUUCAUCGCUGCGGACGGCGGCCGGUCGCUAGCGGUAGUGGUGGCGGCGGCGCGGCCUGCUGGAGGAGGCCUUCCACCGCCCUCGCCGAGGGGCCUGCCCGUUGAGGGGCGGCCGCUGCCACCUCUCGAGGGCCGCCCGCCCCUGGCGCUGGGCCUCCCGCCGCUAUGAAGCUCGUCAGGUUUCUAAUGAAGCUGAGCCAUGAGACUGUGACCAUCGAACUGAAGAAUGGGACACAGGUGCAUGGAACUAUCACAGGAGUGGAUGUCAGUAUGAACACACAUCUCAAGGCAGUGAAGAUGACCCUGAAGAACAGAGAACCUGUGCAGCUGGAGACGCUCAGCAUUCGAGGGAAUAACAUCCGCUACUUCAUCCUGCCAGACAGUUUGCCUCUGGAUACUUUGCUGGUAGAUGUUGAACCAAAAGUCAAGUCCAAGAAAAGAGAAGCAGUUGCUGGAAGAGGCCGUGGCAGGGGCCGUGGCAGAGGCCGAGGCCGUGGCAGAGGAAGAGGGGGCCCCAGACGGUAACUGCUUGCUGCACAACUGCUCCCAGCUCUGGGCAAU